AUGGACCCGCAGCACCACCUCUCUCCGGCAGCAGUAGACAACGCUGUCGGGUCUCGCGGUGGCGUUGGCCAGUCCGCCGGUCUGCAGCCGCAGCCGAAGAGAUAUGUUCCUCCGCACCUUCGAAAUCGCCCUCCUGCGGACUACUCUGGUGGCGUAGGUGCCAGCGGCGGGUAUCCAGAGUAUCCCUCGUCAAACACUCCGCUCGCCUCCCAGCAGGGUGCCCACGGCCCGUCCGGUCACUCGCCUACAGACCGGAGUAGCUACCCGAACGCGACUGGGGCCAGCAAUGGCCUCAGCGCGGGAAGUCCCGGCCAGGGGACUCAGGGUCGGCGCUACGUGCCCCCAGGCUCCGGUGAUCGUUUCAGCUGUCUCGGCGCCGGAGCUCCCCGGUACACCCCUCCCAACGCGGCGUACAGUGCACAAGGACAAGGCGAGUUCCAAGGAAAUGCAUCGGGGGGUGUGUACAACGCUCGCGCAGCUGCGAUGCAGCAAGGCGGCGGUUACAACUCUCGGUCCAUGCGGGCGAGUGCGACGGGGACAGGCUGGGACGUGAGGGACGGGCGUCGCUACGUUCCCGAGAAGGAGAAGGAGGUCUUCAGCAGCGACAAGUUGCAGAGCACAGGAAUCAAGUUCGAUUCGUACGACAAAGUUCCAGUGGAGUUGAAAGGGCGUGGAGCUGAGCGCAUUAUGGCAAUUGAAUCUUUCCAGACCCCGGGCAUGCAGAUUCACCCGCUUCUCCUGCAGAAUGUCUCGCGCGUGAAUUACACCAAGCCAACUCCGAUUCAGAAGAACUCGAUCCCAACGAUUCUGUCGGGCCGUGAUUUGAUGGCAUGUGCACAGACAGGAUCCGGGAAAACCGCAGCUUUUCUGUAUCCGAUCAUCGCCCGCAUGCUCCAGGAUGGGCCCCCUCCAUUGCCUCAGGCAGCUGCAGGUGGCGGUUCUGGGUAUCGCAAACCGCCAGCGUAUCCAAUCUGUUUGGUCCUCUCGCCUACGCGUGAGUUGGCUAUGCAAAUCUAUGAAGAAGCGCGCAAAUUUCAAUUUGGCACAGGCGUGCGGACUGUCGCCGUCUACGGAGGUAGCGAUGUCAAGCGCCAGCUUAUCGACUUGGACGGCGGAUGCGACAUCUGCGUCGCCACCCCUGGCAGGCUUGUCGAUCUCCUCGAACGGCGAAAGAGAAGCGCUGGCCCGGGCGUGUCGUGCAAGAGCGGGCAAAAGGCCUCUCCGUCUCCUGAGUGUUCGUCAGAGCGCGAGGUCCGUCUUGGUUUGGUUCAGUUUUUUGUGUUGGACGAGGCAGAUCGCAUGUUGGACAUGGGUUUCCUGCCCCAGAUCAAACUGAUUGUCGAGAGCUUCGAUUUGCCCCCGUCCCCUUCACCGCAGACAGCAGGAUAUCCGUCUCUCGGAGGCGACAGCGGCCCGGGGCGCCGGGUGGGACGGCAAACUGUCAUGUUUAGCGCGACUUUCCCGCGAGAGAUUCAGAUGCUGGCGAAGGAUUUCCUUGAGGACUACAUUUACCUCGCUGUGGGGCGCGUGGGGAGCACGAACGAGUUCAUUCGUCAGCGCCUGCAGUAUGCGGAUGAAGACCAGAAACUGAAGUUGCUGGUCAAACUGCUCCGCGAAACCGAGAAGGGUCUGACGAUCAUUUUCGUGGAAACGAAGCGCAAAGCGGAUAUGAUUGAGGACUACCUCGUCGACGACGACUUCCCGGCAAUCUCCAUCCACGGCGACCGCACGCAGCAAGAACGUGAAGAGGCACUCCGUCUUUUCAAGGCCGCAAAGUGUCCCAUCCUCGUCGCCACGGACGUCGCAGCCCGUGGACUUGACAUCUCCAACGUCACUCACGUCAUCAACUUUGACCUCCCGACCAACAUCGAUGAUUAUGUGCAUCGCAUUGGACGUACCGGUCGCGCCGGGAACCUCGGCCUGGCCACGUCGUUCGUGAACGAGAGCAACAAGCCGAUCCUCCGUGACCUCCUGAACCUCUUGGAAGAGGCCAAGCAAGACAUUCCUUCCUUCCUGCCGCCUCUCGUCCUCUCGUGCACCUCUUCCUCGUCGCGAAUGGGCGGCGGGUGGGGCGGAGGCCGCGGUGGGCGAGGAGGCAGAGGCGGCGGGGGAACGUUCGGUGGCCGGCAAGGCGGCGCAGGCUACGGCAGCAUGAGUGGCAUGGGGAGCCGAGCUGGAGCUGCUCCGAUGGGGGACAGUCGCCUGCCUGCGUCGGACUGGCGAACGAACCCGGGAGGCAGCCGUCCGAUGGGCGGUUUUCGAGCGGCCGUCAUGAGUGGAGAUCGUCCCGGAGGCAUGGAUGCGUGGUAG